UUAGUUUUAAAAAUUCGCGCUUAUUACGCGCCAUCUGUCUCUUACUUACGAAGCCUUUGGACGAUCGAAAAAAAUGGAAGAAUGUCAGUCUAAGCUCGAAAAUAUUGCAAUGGUUGAUAUAUCUAAAGAGGCAUCAAAAGAAAAAGAAUUAACUGUGAAAGUCAAAUCAUCUGGAAGGCUGAAACUGGAAUCAUGGCUCAAUGCCUGCAUGAAAAUAGAAAUUGAAGACGGUCGCACCUUGGUUGGUCAGUUUCUGUGUACAGACAGAGAUUGCAAUAUAAUUCUGGGAUCCUGUUAUGAAUACCCUCCUCCAGACGAUAAUAUUGCUGAAGAGCCACGUGUAUUAGGAUUGGCCAUGGUUCCAGGGAAGUAUAUUGUUUCAAUUUCAAUCGAUGAUCUUAUGGUACACAACUCUCCAUAUAUUACAUGACAUCAGCCAGGUUGUGUAUUGGGUUAAUGUAUUAUACAUAAUUAGCACUAUCAGAGGAAUACAAAGAUGAUUUGUUUGUU